UUGUACUGCAGUUAGUAAAAGGUGGCAAUGCUUAAAGUCAAGAUCAUCGUUGUAGGACCGUGUCAGUCCGGCAAAACGGUCAUCUCCAAUUUUCUCGCUGAAGCUACUGAAAAUUCGUCCGGAAAAUAUCAGCCGACUCAAGGCGUGAGGAUACUGGAGUUUGAAAGUGGUCCUAUUUUAGUGAAGGGCCGACAAUCCAGGACCGCGGUGGAGCUUUGGGACUGCAGCGGCGACCAAAAGUAUGAGUUGUGUUGGCCGGCGUUCUCCAAAGAUGCUCAGGGUGUUGUCUUCGUCUACAGUCCAGCCCACAAAAACAUCUACCGAGAAUUCGACUUGUGGUACUCACACUUCGUUCAGUCGCAGGGCCUGAAAGAUGCCCAGUGCGUCGUGUUUUGUCAUCGCAAAUCAAGCGCCAGCGGCGAGGGGCACGUGUCUCAGCUCUCACCACAGUUCUCCCGAAUCAACUGGGUGUCUACAAUCAUCGAUGACCACGACGAUGGCGGAAAAGGCGGAGAGCAGCUGAAGCAGGAGUUCAGCAAGUUUCUGGAGCGGCUGCUGAACGUCGUCAACGAGAGACACGACCAGGAAGAACUGAGCAUCAUAGGCAAUGAACGAUGAACUCUCUUCGGUGUUCCACGGGGAACUGUUAGAAAAAGACCUGCACGCAUUAAAGUAUAUAUGUCACAGCUCCGUUUCGGUCGACGCGUUUGC